AGGGGGCGCCGCUGCCCGUGCCGGAGCGGCGGGCCGAGCGAUGGCGGCCGAGCUGGAGUCGUCGCUGGAGCUGAGCUUGUCGAGCAGCGGCGCGGAACCCGGGGCGCUGCCCCCCGCGCGCUCCCGCAUCUUCAAGAUCAUCGUCAUCGGGGACUCGAACGUGGGCAAAACCUGCCUCACUUACCGCUUCUGCGCCGGCCGCUUCCCAGAGCGCACCGAGGCCACCAUCGGGGUGGAUUUCCGCGAGCGCGCCGUCGCCAUCGACGGGGAGCGGAUUAAGAUCCAGCUCUGGGAUACGGCGGGACAAGAGCGAUUCAGGAAGAGCAUGGUCCAGCACUAUUAUAGGAAUGUACAUGCUGUUGUGUUUGUAUAUGAUAUGACAAACAUUGCAAGUUUUCAUAGUUUACCAUCAUGGAUCGAGGAGUGCAAGCAACAUUUGCUCACCAAUGACAUACCCCGGAUUUUGGUUGGAAAUAAAUGUGAUUUGAGAAGUGCAAUUCAGGUACCUACGGACAUGGCACAGAAAUUUGCUGAUACUCAUAGUAUGCCACUUUUUGAAACAUCUGCUAAAAAUCCUGAUGACAAUGAUCAUGUGGAAGCCAUAUUUAUGACACUGGCUCAUAAGCUCAAGAGCCACAAGCCACUAAUGCUUAGUCAGCCACCUGCUCAUAGCACAAUACACUUAGAAUGUGAACCAAAACCUGCCGUGACAUGUUGGUGUUAACUAUUUUUAAUCACUUUGUCUAGUGUGCAAAUGCUUUAAGAGUGUGGCCUUGGUCAUAUUCCAGCGCAGUAGGAAUUAUGUUGGCACUUUACUGUAUGCUCUUGUGUCUAGAUGUGUUACACUCUUUGCACUUUGUCAUUGUUGCAUCCAAAUCACUGAAGUUUCUGAAAGUUAAACUUUACUUGAAAAGCUGAUAUAUCCUAUUAAAGUAGCUUGUAGUUUCAGGAUCUUCUCUCCACUAAAAAAACACAUAUAUAGGCUAGUUUUCAAAUGUGUGCCAACCUGAGUAUAUCAUGGUUCUGUAGAAACCUAAAGUGUUACAAAGAACUAACCUUGGAUACUUGGUGAAAUUAACAUUUCAGUUGUAUAUUUUGACCAAUGCCCAAUGGAAUGGGAAAAUUUUGCUUGAGUGCUAAUGUUGAAUGCCUUUUGCAUUCUUCUCGGUGCUUUAUUAUAAUCUCUCUUUAGGUUCAUGAAUCAAGGGAUGCACAUUCAGAGCUUUUCUGCAUAAAAAUAUGUUUGAAACUCAAAAUGUCAUUUUUCAUAUGACUAGCACUCUUUAUAUCUUAAUACUCAUUCUUGUGUGAGAGAAUGAUAGAAAAUACUUCUGAGAGACUAUCCAGAAUUAUUCCUGCAUUGUUCCACACCCUUACACUGUCAUCUCUUACCAGAUAGGCAUGUCAUGUGAAUCUAAUGAAACAUUGGAAACAGCACUGGAAAACUAUAACUAUAUAACUGUUGCUACAGUAACUGUACUCUGGAGGUGGAACAAUCAGUAUUUUCUUUUCUUAACCUUGUGCCUAUACCUUUAAGAGCUCUCUGGCAGCAUAAGAAGAGCUGGGUAAUUCCCACUUGCACUCCACUAGCCUUUGCCUCUCCUGGCUGCCAUGGAGCAAAACUUGUUUCUGUAUUACAGCAGGAGGGUGGGGGUGCCCCCCUCCAAGUACUGCUUUUCAGUGCUUUUAAAAUUAUUGACACCAUCGAGAUCAGACAAUUCUUAACCAUUGAUUUAUAUUUUGUGUUCUUUUGUCCGGUGAAAUGUGGCAUAGGCUUACAGGCUUAGUGGAGCAUCCAAACCAAUCACAGCCUGAGAGAGCUCCAGGCACACAUUUUAGAUCAGGAUACUAGCUUAUGAAGUUGAUGUCUAAGUAAAAUGGUUAAAACUGAAGUGAUAACACUACUGAAAAGGUCUAGUGAAGUGCAAAUUUAGGUUUACGUAGACUGAUUUGGAAGACCAAAUACUGUUCUUUGUGACAAGUUGAUCCUUGUUCAUGUUAUUUUAAUGUUUUUUAAAAUAAUAUGGCUAAAAUUAAGUGUCUGCAGCAUGUAAGAACUUGUGCCUUAGUAUAUUUUACAGGCUGUCAAGGGGAAAAAUAGAAAUGAGUAAUUUGCUUUUUUUGUAAAUGAAGCAACUAUAAAGCUUUGUUUAGGUACAUAUGACAGGCCUGGCUUGAUGUUUCUGCAUGUGCAAACAGUAUUAACAAAAUCCCUUGACAUUCCCAUGAUCAUUUCUUAACAUGCAGUUCUGACAAUGGAGAAUCCUGUGGCCUUCUGGCAGAGCUUUAUAGGAAAAUUGAGAUCAAGUUGUCUUUUAUCUCUUUGCAGAUAGACUCCUGAGUUUCAUGUAAGUUCUGGACAUGAAGCUGUCAUCCAUUUAAAACUCAUACAAUUAAUCAAGGCUUUUUUAAUGAUUUAAAUUGGCAUAAGCUUGCAUGUGAAUAAAACAAUAGUUCUGAUGAAUAAUGCAUACUUCCUUUGCUUUUAGAUAAUGUACAUACAGCAUUAGAAGAGCUAAGAAAAGAGCUUCUUUCCUGUAUGACAGGGAAAGAACAAUGCCUCUUCUAAGUAUGGCCAUAUAACCAUUUGAUUACCUGAAAUAAAAAGGGAAAGUAAGGCGUGGAAUAUGGAACCACCUUUGGAGAAUCACCAUUGUGUGUUAACACUUAAUUUGCUCAAUGUAGUUUGCUGACACUAUGUUUGUUAUAUGCCACUAUUGGGAAAAAAUUAAUACAAGCACCAUCUCAAGCUUUUAACCUUUCCUGUGCUAUAAUUAUCUUCAGUCAUUUUAGCAUAAUUACAGAUAUAUAAUAACUAAAUAAUAGAGAAAAGAUAUUAUCUUGUAAAUUACUGAAGUACAAAAUGCUAGCUUUAUGUCUAGGUUUAAAUAAAUAUGAAUUGCACCUCAAGUCAUUUAACAACAAGGGAGCAUAACCCACUGACACUUAAGCAUGCGUGUGGAUUGUGCUCAGGAUUUUAUAUAGUCUUUUCAAUUACCAGUACAGCUAUGACAGGACUUCUUUGUACAUCACUCGAAAAAGGGAAUUUUAUCUUUUUUUAAGCUUAAGCAAUUUUCAUUUGCUUUAUACUGCUUCCAUGAAUAAUUGGUAAGUGUUUGUAAUUAUGUUGAAUAAAGGAAUGUCUUAAAUACAUGAUUUUCAAAGAUAGUUUACAUUUUUUUUUAGAGGACUCACCUGUUUACUUAAAUUAAGAAUACAAAUUAAAGGAUUUAGUGCAAAUGUAUUAAUAUUUAUCUACAAACUUUUAAAAAUUGUCAGUCAAGCACAAAAUGUAGGGUUCUCUAAUCCUAGAGGAUAGGGAGUGGAAAAAAAACGAGCCAUGUAGGUACUAGCUCCCAAUACAACCUGUGAAGUAGUUAGUUUAAAAUGUAUAAAAUAACUUUACAGUAUAGAAUCAUUCUGCCAUAGAAUCACAAAAUAAUGAAGCUAUGUAACAUUUUCCAACAGCAUUUCUUAAUCAUAUUGUUACAUAUCUACAUGGUUAUUAAUCCACAAUGCUUCCCUAUAUAACAAUAAUGCUUUAAGUACAAAGGCAGUGUCAUUUUGUAUUUUUUAUCAUGCCAAAAUAAUGAAGAAUUUCUUUGUAUGUGUUCUUGUUAAAAUAACCACACCAUGUGACACUGUUUUAAAACAAAUAAAUCAUAUUCUGACA